GUUACUCGGCUGACACGUAACUAAGAUUAAAGGUGCAAUGGAGGCCUCGUCCUGACUGGAGUUCAUAACUUUUGAACGAGCUCGAAUUCGUCGAAAGCAUUCGGUUCCGGGCGGGAAGCUAGAAAGGCGUUCGGGUGUUUUUUGUGUUUAAACUACGAGACAGAGACCGACUUUAAAUUGAAGUCGGGCGAAAAUCUGAGCGGCGGCUUUGAAGUCAAAAUAAUGCACAUGCGAACAGUUCCUCGCGCCUUAGUCGUUCCGUCCUAGCAAAAAUGGUUGGGAAGUGAGGGGCUGGGUGGAGGGGGGGUUUACAGUUGAGGUGGAAGUUUCCAGCGGCAGCGACGGGACUCUCUGGCGCAGACGGUGGGGGGGUGCGAGGGUCCGACAUGGGAAACGGGGUGUGCUCCCGGAGGCAGCGGAGGAUCUUCCAGUGCCUCGUCCUGGUCACGGUGGUCGGCGGGAUGAUGUACGGAGGGAUGAUGUCGUUCGAGAUGCACAAGCAGCUGAAGAGGACCGAAGUCAUGGCAGUGAAGUAUCAGCAGCAUCAGGAGUCUCUCUCGGCUCAGCUCCAAGUGGUGUACGAGCAUCGCUCUCGCUUGGAGAAGUCUCUUCAAAAGGAAAGGUUAGAGCACAAAAAGGCCAAAGAAGAUUUUCUGGUUUAUAAGGUUGAGGCUCAACAAUCACUUAACAAGGAGAAACAAGAAGCCAACAGCAAGUUAAACUCUUUACAAGGACAACAUCAAAUGUUGAAGAAUCAGCACGAGGAGCUGAAACGGCAGUACUAUGAACUGCACGAGCAGCACCAGCAGCAGGGCGAGGACCACAGUCGGCUGCUGGAUGAGCAUAAGGAGCGCUUCGAUAAACUGCAGAAAGCCAAAGAAGUGGAAGUCUCGCAGCUCAAAGAGAGUGUGUAUAACUUAAGAGAAGAGAAUAAACAGCUGAGGAAAGCUCACCAUGACAUUCACACCCAGCUCCAGGAGACGCAGGUCCAGCAUCAGGACCUGAAGGCGGCGCACGAGCAGCUCAGGAUGACUCUGGAGGAUCACAAAAGUGCUCUGUCUGCAGCUCAGGCACAGGUAAAUGAAUACAGGCAGCUGAAGGAGUCUUUGGACAGGGGGUCCGUCAUAGCUCAGGCUGGUCCAAACCCGGCCCAUCAACAGGCACAAGCGGUCACCGCUACACCAAAGCCUUACGUCCAUGAAGACCAGCCGCCAGCCAUGUUGGAACAGGCACACAAGGAGGAGGGUGUUCAGCAACACCCCCAUGCUCAAAGAGACGCUGAGUCACAGCUGGACCGUCAGGAUUCUGAGGUCAUCCCCCAGCACGCCAUUUCAGAGAGGGAGGAGGACGGCGAAGGAGAGGCGGAGCGGAGGAGGGAGCUGGCAGAGGAGGAGAUGGCUCAAGCAGGAAAGCCCGAGAAGCUGGAGGAAGACCUGGACCAACCACAAGUGGAGCAACUGGAAGAGGAGGAGGAGGAGGAGGAGGAGGUGGUGGGGGAGAAGCCAGACGAGAAUGCCCUGGAUCGACAGAAACGUCAUCCACAGCUGGUUGGGAAUGCCAAGUCCCCCUACGAGCAGCAGCAGGAGCAGCAGCGCAUCGAGGCGCUGAAGGCGGAGGAGCGCCGGCAGAUCCAGAUGCGACAGCAGGCCCUGCAGGCCCAAAGAGAACAGGUGCUGAGAGAAAGAGAGCAGCAGCUGAAGGAGGAGAAAGAAAGAGAGGAGCAGCACCACAGGGAGGCUGACAGACGGGAGCAGCUGCUGAAGGAGGAGCAGCAAAGGAGGAGGACAGAGUAUGAAAAUUUGGACAAUGACAUUGUUCAGGGAGAAGACGACCAUAAGAUCAACGAUGUGGAAGAGAGGGACAUUGUGCUAAACGAGGAAGAGGAGAAACAGGAAGUGGAUCACAGGGUGCAACCACAUCAGGGUGCUGCUGAUGGUGAGGUGGACCCGGAGGACGACCCCAACAACCAGGGAGAAGACGAGUUUGAGGAGGCAGAGGACGAGCGGAGGCCGCACAGGGCGGCUGAGGAGGAAGAGGAGGGGGUAGAAGAGGAAGAGGAGCCGGCAGCGCCCGCUCAGCACAGCCCCCUGCGACCUGAACAACCUGCUGCAGACGAAGAACUGGUGAUUGCUGGAAACCCAGAUCAGCAGGAAGAUGCACUAGAUGAUCAGUACCAGGAAGAAGUAGAAGAUGAGGCCCAGCAAGACACAGCUGCAGAGAAAAAAAGAGAAGAGGUGGAGGAUGGGGUUGAAGAUGAAGGGGAGGAUCCUUAUAAUGAAGAAAACAUAGAACAGGAUGAAGAAAAGCGCCAAGAAGGGCCCAGAAAAGAGGAAAAACCCCCAAACGGCGCAAAAGAGAAUGAGGAGGAGCAUUACGAGGAGGAGGACGAGGGAGUGGAGGAAGACGGUGCCGCUCCAAACAAAGGAACCAACCGGAGAGCAGAGAUGUAGGAGGAGCAGAACCGUCAGCUGCAGUGCCUUUCUGACCGCCGCCCGCCUCACUCUUCCACUCGUUUCCAGAAGAAUCAUUCAGAGUUCCUCUUUGGAAAACUGGGAGAAUAAAAUGUAAACACUGUACUCUGUGAGAAGGACUGGAUUUGCAGUGCAGAGCCUGCUUUUAUACUGUAUAUUUUUAGUCUUAGCUGUUUAUCUGCUAUUUUUUACCUGUUCACACAUCUGCCUGAUUGUUUAAGUGCCUCACAGCGUAUGUUUUAUCAUUGGGACAUUUUAGUGAAACAACAGCAGAGAUAUAUUAUAUUAUCAGUUUGUUUACUUGUUCAGACUUCUGUUAUUUUUCAUGCAUGUUUUUGAGCAGGAAUUCAAACUCCAAUGGUGACGUUUAGUAAUUUAUUGCUGAUGACGGCUUUGACAAUCAGAAAGCUGUGGCCGUUAUCCGUUCUCGUCCCUGACAGAAGCAGCUUUUGCCACUUUCUGAUGGUUGACGGGCAGGAAAACGGAUAUUUCUGCAAAUCCCAACUAAAGAUACUUCUGGUGACGGUUCUUCGAUGCCCAGUAUCGCAGUGACUUAUGCCUUUCCACUUUUGGAGAUCUGCUUUUUGGUCAAUCUACACUUCAGAAAAGCAUUUUCAGCUGAAGAGCUUUGAGCUGGCAAAAAGGUGAAGAUUUCAAGUUCAGUGUUGGCUUGAAGACUAUAAUGUAAAGCGGCUUCCUCUACAGUCUACUGUCCAAUGUAAAGUAAAAUAUUUGUAAAAUUUGUACACCAGCUAUAUUUAAUACAAAAUGAGGGAUUUUGAGUGUAUUGAAUCAUGCAUUUGUGGAUGAAAUGGAAUAAAAAGAUUGAAUGGUUUGAAGAGAA